UAGUGCUUUUUAUGUAGCCUGUUGUAAAACUAGGUAAAUAUCUAGAUGAGUUUAUGUUCCCCGUGGAAGACCUCUGCGUACCCCCAGGGGUACACAUACCCCUGGCUGAGAAUCACGGCUGUACUGUGAGUGAGCCCUUCUAGAGCCACUGCACUCCCCAAGAGUACAGAUGCAUCUUGCUUUUAGACAUUUUCAUUUUGCCUGCUUCAACUUUUGGGUGCCCAACCUGAGGCAUAUAUGAGUCCAGUCACCAGAGUUGUUGAAGUUAGUGGGAGCUGCAGGUGCUCACCACCUCUGAAAAUCAGGCCCUGGAUGUCUCAAGUUAGACACACAAAAUGAAUGGACAGUUAUGAAAAUCCUCUGCAACUAACUACUAAGGAAAUUCCACAAACAUCUCACAAAAUGACAUUGCAGUUUGACAACUGCUGGUGAAUUCUCAGAAUCCUACGAAAGUCAUCUAAUAUUUUUUUCAGUUUUUUGGUGAAUACUUUGUAAAGAACAUCCCAUAAGAUUGAUAAACAGCAGUCUAAGCAUAGGGAUUCAAGUGAAAUUGAUACACAAGCCUGCAGAAAACCAUCAAAUAUCUCUGCUUAUGUGUUCAGAUAAAAAUUGAAGUCACAUGAUGCUUUGAAUUCAAUACAUGAAAUUGUAUUCUUAAUUAUUACUGCAAUUAAAACAGGUAAAUGAUACUCCUCUUACAGCCAAAAGCAUCUCCUCUAAAAGGACAACACAUAGCCAGUACUGCAACGUUUAAAACAGCAUGUAUUCUCUCCUGAGGCUUCACUGAAGAAUACAGCACAUGGGGACUAGAGUACAUGAUCAUAGCUCCAUUGAAGUCAAGCCCUCUAAUCUCUGCACUGUUUUGACGUGUAAAUCAAAAUGAAAUGCUUGGGGCAAAUAAAGCAGUCAGCAUCUGUGUUAGCUAGGCUUUGCCUUUCUGCCCUUUUCAUGCCAGACGUGAGAUGCAGUGCACUCCCAGGAUUAGCCUUUUCCCAGUGGGCUAAUUUACAUCGCACCGAAUGACCCGUAGAAAAGCACAUUGUACUAGCUUGUCACAUGUGACAGAAACUGCUGGCUUUUCUUUUGAAAACAAACAUGAAACAUUUGCACCUCCAGCAUUUUUCACACAACGCUAUACAUGUUAGCAAGUGUACGUGUAAGUUUCAUAAACUGAGCUCUUCCUUUUUUUAAAAAAUUCAUCUUUCCAUAGAGUUGUACAGCAAGUGACUGAAUCAACUAAACAAUAAGGCUAGAACACAUGAAAAUUUUGGUCCUGCUGUUCAUGCAUGUAAGAAAGAAUGGUGGAAGACUCAGAAGACCUAAAAGACUCUGGAAGUCAGAGAAUAUGGACAGAAACAUCCAUCAGGAGAGAGAACAGAUUUAUUGAUGCAGUGCUGAGCUACCUCAUGGGUCCAAGAUUUCUGGUUUAUGCAAGCUGUGCACUUUCUAUAUGGGGAGAUCGAAUGUGGCACUUUGCCAUGUCUGUAUUCCUGAUAGAAUUGUAUGGACAUAAUCUCCUUCUAACAGCUGUUUUUGGGUUAGUGGUGGCUGGCUCUGUAUUGGUGUUUGGGGCCUUAAUUGGAGAUUGGAUUGAUAGAAAACCAAGAAAUAAAGUUGCUCAUGCAUCGCUGUUCAUUCAGAACUCCUCUGUCACUGGCUGCUGCGUAGUUCUGAUGUUGGUAUUCUCUUACAAAACCGAGAUUGAGCAAAUGUGGCACGGCUGGUUUAGUGUGUUCUGUUAUGCAGUGGUAAUCAUCUUAGCCGAUCUGGCAAACCUGGCAAGCACAGCGCUGACGAUAACCAUUCAGAAAGACUGGAUUGUGGUCAUCACAGGUGAUAACAGAGGCCAACUGGCUGGAAUGAAUGCAGUUAUAAGAAGAAUGGAUCAAGUCAUAAAUAUCUUCGCUCCUCUGUCUGUGGGGCAGGUUAUGACCUGGGCCUCUAAUGUCAUUGGCUGUGGAUUUAUUCUUGGAUGGAACUUGAUCUCUCUUCUGGUAGAAUUUAUAUUCCUAUCCAGGGUGUAUCAACUAGUGCCUCCUUUGGCUGUGAAACCUCAACAGAAUGCAGGAGAAUAUGCUAUAGAAAGACAAAUGGAACUUACAGAUGUGCCAGGUAAGUAGUGUUCAAUAGGAGAACAGCCUCCCACCAACAUUUUAAAAAUGUAUUACUAUUGAAAUACAGGCUUGCAUCCAAAAUGUUGAAUUACACAUGAAAUAAUUAGAGUACUAGAGGGUAUCCAAUGAGUCAGUCCACAGGAACUGUAUGAAGAUAAUAAAAUUACUAUAAAAAGAAAAGAGAAAAGCUAAGUAGCAAAUAUGCGGGGGUCAAUUCUCCAAAUCCAGGUACUAGGGUGAUUUACAUACACAACUCGCAAUGGUGGGUGUGAGAAUAGCAGAGCCUCCAUUGUUUAAUACCUUACCAGGCAGAUUUAAAGACAGUUUAAUGAAUCCAUCUGUCUGCAUUAUGUGCUCCUUGGUAUAGAGCACUAUCCUCAGCAUGUCACUGAACCACUGAUACUCAUUUAGAAUGAUGGUUGUCAUAGCAAUUCAAGAUGCUAAAAGAAAAGAAGUCAGUGAAGAAUGAUUUAAUGCAUGUAAUCCCUAAUAUUCAGUUUAUUUUUGCUACUCUUUUUAAAAGAGUAUUGUAUCCCCAGUGACCAUCUUCCUGUUUUAGUGGUUCUCCAUGGGGUCAAUUCCUGCCUCAUUGUACAUGGCCAUCUCCUACUAAUGACAAUGGAAAUUAUGCAUAAGUACUGUUGCCCAUUUUUGACCUGAACCGCUCAUCAAAGUUUGGGGCCCUUCAGAUGUACAAGUUGGAGGGAGAAAUUGGUGAUAGUCAGGUAUGCAGUUUUAUUUAUAUACAAAGUCCUGUGUCUCUGAACACAGGAGGAAUCAAGUAACAAAAGGAUCAGCUUCUUACCUUACAGAGUUCAAGUCUCUGUAGCCAGCACCCAACCCCAAAGCCCCCUCUCUAGCUUCUUCCAGGGUCACACUGUGCUUACAGGCUCCUGCUUGGCUUUUCUUUCCUUUUUUCCUCUGCCUCUCUCUGUUCUUGUCUGCCAUAUCAAUCAUUUCAAAAGCAGUGUUUUUUCUCACACUCUCAUACACACAUACCAAAACCAAAACUCAGCCCAAAAGCUUCUCAGCAGGUUCACACACACCUUUUGUUUUCCGUGGGGCUCAUAUUUACAGUGAUGUUAAUUGAAGAGUGAGUUCAUACCCAUCAACCUCAGUGGGGUUUUACCCCAACCCAUAACAAGGUUUUACCCAGCUUAUACCAGGAGACUAGAUGACUUAUGACAACAAGACAACUCCUCUGAUAUCGACCUUACUCCCUGGAGCUGAGCCUUACUAAUACUAAUCAUCAGAUGCCAUAUCAAUGGGGGGUGAGUCUGUACUAGCAGCUAGAGUUGCGACAUAAUACUUCUUGAUGCUUUUGGACAUUUUAAGAAAAAAGACAGUAAAAUCACAAAUUAGGGCAUGUCUACACUGCAAUCUUAAGUCGACCUGUGUUCGGUCCACCCUCCUUCUGUCCGUGGUGUGUGUCCUCCUGGUGACACACUGACUGAAGAGGGGCAGUGUAGGGGGGCAGCUCUCCACUAGGAACCCAGCUGCCCCCCCAGGCUUCUCACCUCCCUACUCCCACAUGGGAGCAGGGGGAAGCCACCCAGGGUUUCUCGCCUCUGGUAGGGAGAUCUGUACCUGGUGUCCAGUGGGCUGCAUUGUUCCCAAUGGGGAGCUGGGACCACAGGGGCAGCAGGGCUCCCAGUAGGGAGCCUGGGCUGUAGCCCAAGCUGGGAGCCUAGGUGACAGCCCAGCUUGGAGCAAAGACCCAGCAGCAGCUGAGCUGGGGAGCCAGCUUUCUUGUCAAUUUCACGACUUUGGCCAUUAAAUUGACAACACAGCCAACAGCUGAUGUAAGAAAUGCAGUGUCUACGCAGACACUGCGUCACCCUAACCACCCCGACAUAAGCCCUACACCUCUUGUGGAGGUGGAGUUAUGAUGUCGGUGCCGUAGGGCACUUACAUCAGUGGGAGCAAGGCUGUAGUGUAGACACUGACAUAGGUCAACAUAGGCUGCCUUAUGUCAACCUAACUCUGUAGUGUAGACCAAGCCUUAGUCAUGAUUUGUUUGUUACACAAUUGGUGCAGUGAUGAUUAGCUGAAAUCUGUUUUAUACUAACCUCCACUCCCCAAGCUCUUGUAUGUGAUAUUCAGGCUAACACAUUGUUCUCACUGAGGAAAAGUAUCCUGUGCAAUUGUUCACUCCCUACUAUUUAGGACAUUCUUUAUCCAUUAUUGAUGAAGAAUUUUUUUUAAAUACCAAGCAAACCACCUGCAGAUGGACCUCCUGUGCAAUUCUGCUACAAAUGUGCCUGUUCAGCCCGGUCUACCUGUUAGAUCAAGAUGGCUACAUAGCUCAGGGCUGUGAAAAAUUUCACACCCUGACUGCAGAAGUUAGAUCGAUCUACUAGAUGUGGCUAGGUUGACAGAAUAAUUCUUCCAUUGACCUAGCUACCUCCUCCAUAGGCACCGAGUUUCUAGCCCAGGUCUACCUCCACUCCACCCCUUCCUCCCAGGUCCUACCCCCCGCCUCUUCCUGCCCUAUUCCGCCCCCACCCCGAAUGCUCCCAGCCCUCGCUCCUCCCCCGCCUUCCCCCAGUGCCUCCUGCACGCCGCAGAACAGCUGAUCACGGCAGGUGGCAGGCGCUGGGGAGAUGGGGAGGCGCUGAUUGGUGGGGCUGCCGGUGGGUGAGAGGCGCUGAUGGCGGGAUUGCCCGUGGGUGCUAAUAUUUUUUCCAGGGAUGCUCCCCAGAGUCAAUACCUAUGACCUCCUCUUGGAAAGGUGGAUUAACUACCUUGACAGAAAAACCCUUUCUGGCAAUAUUGGAAGCACACAGUGGCACAGCUGCAGUGCCAUAGCUGUGCUGCUGUAGCCACUGUAGGGUAGACAGACCCUCUGUUGACUAUACAAUGAGAACAUACUAGCCAUCCACAAGGGUUUUUCCGUGAGAACAGACAUCUCUAUGUGUGGGGUGGAUGGCAGGAAUAACAGAGGGGGAGGUGAAUGGGAUGCAGGAGUAGGGGUUGAAUAGGAGCAGAGGGGGAGGUGAACAGGAGUCAGAGAAAUGGGCAGUUAGAUAGGAAGAGAGGGGGGAGGAGCCAGGGAAGGGGUGGGGAGACUGGAUAGGAGU